GCCAAGCACACGCUCUUCUCAAUGCAGAUCAUCCCCAACAACCGACCACGUCCAUUUUGAGACCCGCAGAAAUGGUUUACGGCUCUCUCGUAAAUCACUACCUGUCCCAUUUCGGGUUCAAUAUUUCGCCCAAAAUGUGAAGAUCCUGAUCCCACAAAAUGUUGUUUUUUGUCUUCUGGCAGAACAUUUACGGAGCAGUUGCAUUUUUCUGCUCUUUGCAUUUCGUUCAAGGUGCAAAGAUCACCAUUCUUCAAUCGAGUUCUACGUGGGAAGAAGAUGACAAGCAAUAUGAAUCAAGAUCAAGUUUUAUACCAAAAGAUACUAUUUUUAUACCGACAUCAGUCUUAGAAACAGAAAUUAGAGAAAAUAUAUUACCUACAGAUUCCAUGCCAGGAAUUGAAGCUACUCAAACUCAUUUUUCACACAUUCCCCAUUCAACACUUCCACAUGAUAUUUUAACUAGCUCUCCUGAAAACAUUCCAUUACAGUCACUGCCAGAAAAUCAUAAUGAUUUGUAUACAUUGUCAGGUGAAACAUUAACUUUCAAAAAGAGUAGUAUUUUAUCUGAAAAUACAUUACCUUCUAAAUUUUAUGAGGAGUAUAUUACACCUACCCCGCUUCUAGUUACUGAAGAAAAUCUUGUUUUCUUUACAGAAAAAAUUUCGCCUAACAGUUCUUUGAUGUCUUCCUCAAACCUUAAGGCUUCACCUCUAAUCGCGGAGACCACCACUUACAGCCAUUUUCACACUCCACUAAUGUCUUUAUUCGUUGCUCCCACCAGUGUUCUCAAGAUUCCUCGCGAAACAUUCCACCCAAAAUUUGCUUUUAACUCUUUAUUUCCACAACUUUUGACAAACAGUCCUUUCGACAACGAAUCCGCGAAGUCAGAAUUUUCAGCUGUGCCUACAGAGCAAGAACAUAAGAAGCUCUUGAUGCUUGUUUUGAGGGCGGAAGACUGUUCGAAGUUCUCUAAAAGUGAUUUUGAAAAAAUGUUAAGUAAAUUAAUGGUAAAGUUUGGUUUUGGAAAUGUUGUUCCUGAGGUCUCGAAUGCAAAAUGUUAUUCCCACCUAAAUAUCAAUGUUACAGUAGGAGGUUCAACACCAACACUCCGCUUCUUACCAAAUAUUGACAAGAAAAAUAAUUUUACAGUUGAUGUCCUUAACAGAACCUUCAGGAUUGUGAAACUGGAAAAAGUAGAUCUGAAAUUUGAGAAAUCCAAGUCGUCCAAUUCUUCGUCCAGCGUCAUCGCUGCUGUCGCUAGGCAUGAAUCUGUUGCCUAUAUUGCCGUUGGUGUGUCUUUUGGUCUUGUUUUGGUCAUUUGUAUUUCAGUAUGCUGCAUUAAAUGUUGCUGCUUGCGUAAGCCACAGAAAAGGUUUAAUGCCCCUAAAGGUACUCAUGUGAGACUCAGACCUGAAGAUUAUACUUUGACGCCAAUACCUCGCCCCACAUCUUUGUAUGUCGAUUAUUAUAGAGGUUCUGUUACUGCUGAUAUUUAUUCAACCACUUCUGCUGGUUCUAUUGCUAGCACGACUCCUACCGUUGAGCAAGGAGUUGUUCAACCUUUUGAUACGAGUAUUGUACCUCUUGAGGAUUCUUCAGCUCUGCACUUGGACAGUUCUCGUGAUCCUUCGGUAGACUCCGUGCCUGUUCAUUCCGACCUCAAAACUUUCAAUAUCAGCAGCAUUUCUGGCAAAACACUGCGCAUUGCAGCUACAGAUUCCAAAGAACAACUAAAUCCGAAGCAACAUUCCAGGAAAGUCGAAACCAAGAAUAGUGGAGUAGCAAAUCCUACAUUCCAGCGCUAUUAAAUUUUGUGAUACCAGUUUUUAGGAAAGUCGUCGAUUGAUAAAGAUUACAAUUUCUAACAGAAAUUGGCUGUUGAUGUGAAACUUGAAUGUAAGUUACUCUGAAAUGGAACUAAACAUUAACAGAACAGGAAGUGCCAAAUCCCUUUUCAGCGUUUCUUAAUUAGGAAAUGCAAAUUGUGAUUAUUAUAUCACUCGCACAUAAAUAUGUAUAUGUAUAUACUGCAGCAAAAUGCUUGUCCAUUUAGAGGAAGUACCGUAUUUCUCUGUUACGUUUCUAUUACAUGUGCAUGGUUUCUGAACAAAAGUGUGCAAAAUUUUAGUUUUAAAAAUGCUUUGAAUUUUGAAUAUAGUGCUGAUGUGUUGAGAAAUAUAAACAAUACUGAACAUUCUAAAACGUUAUUCAUAAACAAGCUAAAACUGAAUCAACAGAGAUUCCAUUUAAGAAAAAAAGAGCAAAAGCACUAUGUUCGUUUGUCGAAUGAAAAUGAGACCAUAAUUGAAUUACUCAUUAUAUUUAAAUGAGUACUCACUUAGAAAAAAAUCUUUUGUUCAAUAAAUAAUACUUUUAUUUACUAGCUUCGGAAAUAUUUCCUGCAAUAAUUUCCUAUUGAAAACCGCAUUGUAAAUUUUUUUUAUUUGCAUUUUAAGGCGCGUUUUAAUUUACAAUUUUUUUAAAUUAAAAGCAACUUUCGAAAUAAAACAAUUUUUUAAACUAAAAGUUCAUUUCUUCCCAAUCAGGAUUAAUCCUAUUUCAAAAAGCAAGAUAUAAUUUUAUUUCAAAACUUUAUAUAUGCAACUAAAUAUAUGCAAUUCAAAGCUUAAUACAUGCAAACACUGUUCAAAGCUAAAUUUAGGCAAUCACAAAACUGAAUGUAUUUAUUAAUUACAUGUAUAUUUCAAAACUAAAUGUGCAACUAAAUAUUUUUUUUAAAUGCGAUCAAUUAUUUUAUAUUAUUUAUUAAUACCUGAAAACUUGUUAUUUGAAACAACUGGUCGUCAGAAAUAUAAAUCGAUAUUUUUUAAAGUAAUUUUAAUCGAUAUUUAACAUAUAUUAUUUCCAUGUAUAAUCGUUAAAAUAUUCUCCGAAUAUUUGUGUUCUCUUUUUAGGCAAAAGAUAAUACCAAAUUUUGCUGUCUAUUAAUGCAUCGUCUUUAUCGUUUAAUUGAAUUAAAAAUUUAAAAUGUAUGCUACCAAUUGCAGCCUUGUGUAUUGCCACGAGAUUUUAUUAAUAUUAUUAGUUUUACCUUUAAUGCAAAUGGUAGUGCACAAGUGAGGGAUUUAGUCUGUCGCCAAUGUUAAAUAUUACAUGGCUUUAUAAACGUCUUUUGUUAAUUAUACUAUCAGUAUAAAUAUUAAUAAAUGCAGUGUAAUCUGUCUAUCUCGAACAUCGUGGGAACUUGAAAAAAAAUCGAGGAGAGAAAUUUCGAAAUAAAAGGUUCCUCAGCAAAUUAGGAACAUUUGGUACUUUUCCGUUUCGCCGGCGCAAAUCUCGCCAAGCAGACUUUAUUGGCGUCAACAUACAGUAUACACAUAAAAAAUAUUUAAAAAAAUGUUAGUUUUA